AUGGUUAAUUUUCGUAAGGAUCUGGAAGAAUAUGAGGCUCCAGCUGCAGAUCUGGAUGAUUCCAAUGCUUCUGUAUCAGAUCCAGACAGAUCUGUUGCUUGUGUUGCAGAGGCACUGGAGAGGACAGGACUUCAGACGGAGCAAGCUGAGGACGUGGAGUGUGACUCUUGCAGUGAUGGGAAAGAGAAAGCCAUCAAAACAUGUCUGGUGUGUUUGGCGUCUUACUGUGAAACUCACCUCAGGUUGCACAAUGAACUGAAUGUGGGGAAAGCACACUUACUGGUGGACGUCACUGGAGAACUCCAAAAAAAGACAUGCCCCCAACAUCAUAAGCUCCUGGAGGUUUACUGCCGCACUGAGCGCCAGUGUAUCUGCUGCCUCUGCAUGCUGGACACCAACCACAAAGGACAUGACAUGGUCUCGGCUGCUACAGAACGAGCAGAGAAACAGAAUAUGAGGCUCCAGCCGCAGAUCUGGAAGAAUAUGAGGCUCCAGCCGCAGAUCCGGAAGAAUCUGGAUCAUUCCAAUGCUUCUGUAUCAGAUCCAGACAGAUCUGUUGCUUGUGUUGCAGAGGCACUGGAGAGGACAGGACUUCAGACGGAGCAAGCUGAGGACGUGGAGUGUGACUCUUGCAGUGAUAGGAAAGAAAAAGCCAUCAAAACAUGUCUGGUGUGUUUGGCGUCUUACUGUGAAACUCACCUCAGGUUGCACAAUGAACUGAAUGUGGGGAAAGCACACUUACUGGUGGACGUCACUGGAGAACUCCAAAAAAAGACAUGCCCCCAACAUCAUAAGCUCCUGGAGGUUUACUGCCGCACUGAGCGCCAGUGUAUCUGCUGCCUCUGCAUGCUGGACACCAACCACAAAGGACAUGACAUGGUCUCGGCUGCUACAGAACGAGCAGAGAAACAGAGGCAGCUGGAAAAGUCCAAGCAGACGGUUACGGAUCGAGAGACAGAGCUGAAGGAAACCCAAAAGGCAUCAGGUAGACUCAGGAACCUGACUCAAGCCACAGAGGAAGAAGGUGACCGGAUCUUCACCGAACUGCUCAGCUUUAUACGGAGAAGCCACACUGAGAUAAUUAUGCUGGUCCAAAGUCAGAUGACCACGGAGUUGAACCGGAUUCAGGGACAUUCGCAAGAUCUGGAACAAGAGAUCUCAAAGUUGAAGAGAAAGCAGUCCGAGGAGGUCCAAUCCCGCUGGCCGACUUCUAAUGACUUCCAAAGCCUGACAACUAAUCCACAGUUCUCUUUUGGAGAAGUGAUCAAGUCCCUCAUCUCAUUAACAGCACAUAUAAAGGACAUUUGGAGACUGGAAACAACCAGGAUAUUCUCAGCAGUGACUGCAGAAAAGAUCCUACUGCCGCAAGAACCCAAGACAAGGGAGGACUUUAUACAUUUUCUGGUUCCCUUGAGUCUGGACCCAAACACGGCCCACAGGAACCUUCGGUUAACAGAACAGAACCAGGCUGUGGCUUGCAGUAUUGAGCCCCAAUCAUAUCCAGAACAUCCGGACCGCUUUGAGUGGUGGGCCCAGGUGCUGAGCAAGGAAGGUCUGACAAGUCGCUGCUACUGGGAGGUGGUCUGGAGCGGACAGUACGGCGUCGACCUCGCAGUGUCCUACAAAGAUAUCAACAGAACUGGGCAAGGAGACGACAGUGGGUUUGGGUACAACAGGCACUCCUGGAGUCUGGACUGUUCCAUGUUCAGAUACGCAAUAGUGCACAACAACGAGGAGACGGAGAUCAGUGUACCCCUGUCCCACCGGAUCGGGGUGUAUCUGGACCACCGGGCAGGACAGCUGUCCUUCUACAGUGUCUCAGAUACCAUGAUCCUCCUUCACAAAGUCCAGACCAGGUUCACUCAACCUCUUUAUCCAGGAUUUGGGCUCUUUCAGGGCUCAACUGCAAAAUUAUGUGAAUCGCAAGAAGGCGGAUCACCGCAAGAAGUAAACAGAACCAAGAAUAACAAAACAUGUAUAAAACACAGAUGCUUAAGAACAGCCAUGAAGAGAAACAAAUAUCUCAGAUUUGGAAAGCGAGGUGCCAGCAGUCCUAAAUAAAAAUUUCCUGUCCUGAAUUGUCCAGAAUAAAAACAUUGUCCUGAAUAAAAAAAAAAAUGGGGAAAUGGCAUCACCAGCACUGCUGCAAAAAUGAACUCAAUACAAAGCUUAUGUUUAGGUGAAAACCACAUAAUAAAUUAAUAAAUCUGA